GAAUGAUGUGUUUUACUCCGUUACCGAAACACACGAUUUGACCUGAGGUUCAAGAAUGUUGACGAGUUGUUUAUUUCUUUUUGUCUUUCUGUCGUCAUUCGUCACCGCUGUUUUUGGAAAUCUCGAACAAGUCAAUGAUACAGAUUUAGAGAAAUUGAUCGCCAAUGAAAAGUUUGUCAUAGUUUUGUUUCGUGAUGAAAUUUGCAAGGGCUGCGAUGAACUGGAAGCACAACUUUCCUCGAUUAGAGAAGAUCUAGUCGAUUCUUUGAACGCCUGGGUAGUGAAGGCUGUGUCUAGCCCACUAGUGGCCAACUUUACAUCAGGAAAGGAUUCGGGAAAACCACUUGUUGUUUACUUCAGACAUAGUGUUCCUCUUCAUUAUGAUGGCCCAUUGAAUGAUGAGGUAAUCCUAGAAACAUUUGUUCAAAAUAAAGAAGCUGCUGUUAGUCAUCUGAAUGAUGAUUCUUUUGAACAUUUGACUCAAGCAGCCUCGGGAGCAACAACUGGGGACUGGUUUGUCAUGUUCUAUCGAGAUGACUCUGAGCCCUGUGUGAAGUUCUUAGCCAAAUGGGAAUAUAUUGCCUCACAGCUUAAAGGAAGGAUUAAUUUGGCCAAAGUUAACAUAAAGGAUGAUGGGAUCUCAACAGGAAGUCGUUUCGGAGUGGAACAAGUUCCUGCAUUUCUCUUUUUUCGCCAAGGAAAGAUAUUCAACUAUGAUCUCCCUAAGCUUGAUAGUAAAGCUUUUCAAGAUUUUGCUCUUGGCUGGUACAAAAAUGUUCCGUCCAAGAAUGUACCUUCUCCAAAGACACCAUUUGAUGAAUUGGUUGAUCGAGCUGUAUUCAUGCUGAAAGAAAACCCCUUGAUAUUACCAGGAGCUGGUAUUGCUCUCAUACUCAUUCUGUUGGCUGUCGGUUUCAACGCCUGGAAAAGUCGAAAGCCCGAGAAACCAACAAAAACGAAGAAAAGUGUAAAAAAAUCCAAUUAAAGCUAUUGAGAGAAUACGAUAUUUCCGGCAAGAACUGGAACUAUGCGAGAGGUGCUCUUUGGAAUACACAAUUUCCAAACUUC